UCCGGCCAAGAUGUCGCCCGGUCUGUUCCAGUUCAACGAGGCCCGGGAGAAAUUCGCGAAUUACACAAAAGAGGCCUUGACCAGCAACGAUAUCAAGCCCUUAAUACUUGUCUUCAGCCAGCUGAGCGGAGGUGAAACAGAAAAGAAGACAACAUUAGAUCAGGCUUUCAGAGGUAUUCUUGAAGAAAAAAUAUUAGACCGAGGGAACUGUGAAGAUUUCUUGUCCGUUAUUUCUCUUAGCAUCAGCGGAGUUACAGAAGGUGUUUGCUCUGCUACCACACCCUUUAUACUGCUUGGCGAUGUCUUAGAUUGUCUUCCUCUUGACCAGUGUGACAAAAUAUUCACCUUUGUUGAAAAAAAUGUUGGAACUUGGAAAUCUGCUUCUUUCUACUCUGCCGGUAAAAACUACUUGUUAAGAAUGUGUAACGAUCUUUUAAGAAGACUCUCCAAGUCACAGAAUACUGUUUUCUGCGGACGAAUUCAGCUCUUUUUGGCUAGGCUGUUUCCUUUAUCGGAAAAAUCAGGGCUUAAUUUACAAAGCCAAUUUAACUUGGAGAAUGUGACUGUGUUUAAUACGAGUGAACAGGAGAGCACGCUAGGAUUGAAGCAAAUGGAAGUUGCAGAAGAUGGAAUGGAAGUUGAAGAAGGAGAAAUGGGUGAUGAGGAGCCUGCAACAACAUGCUCUGUGCCCAUUGAUUAUAACUUAUAUCGAAAGUUUUGGUCACUCCAAGACUUUUUCAGAAACCCACUACAAUGCUAUGAGAAGAUUACUUGGAAGACAUUUCUGAAGUAUUCAGAUGAAGUGCUGGAUGUUUUCAGAAGCUACAAACUUGAUGAUAUGCAGGCUUCCAAAAGGAAACAGGAUGAGUUCAAACCCCAAAAAGAUGCACACGUAUACUUUGCUAAAUUCCUCACCAGUGAGAAGCUGAUGGAUCUACAACUAAAUGACAGCAACUUUAGACGGCAUAUCCUCUUACAAUACUUAAUAUUGUUUCAGUACCUGAAAGGCCAAGUCAAAUUUAAAAGCUCCUACUGUGUAUUGACUGAUGAACAGACUCUCUGGAUUGAGGAUACCACCAAAGGAGUUCAUCAGCUACUGAAAGAGACACCACCUGAUGGAGAUAAAUUUUCAUCUAUGGUAGAGCAUAUUCUGCACAGUGAGGAAAACUGGAUUGCAUGGAAAAAUGAAGGUUGUCCAAGCUUUGUCAAAGAAAGACCAUCUGAAUCUAAAGUUCCAAAACCAACAAGGAAACGUCCAGCUCCUGAAGACUUCUUUGGAAAGGGACCAAGUAAGAAGAUUUUUAUGGGAAACGAAGAGCUUACACGGCUUUGGAACCUCUGUCCUGACAACAUGGAGGCCUGCAAGUCUGAGAGCAGAGAGUUCAUGCCUGCCUUAGAAGAGUUUUUUGAAGAUGCUAUUGAACAAGCUGACCCGGAGAACAUGGUUGAGGAAGAAUAUAAGGUAGUAAAUAAUUCCAACUAUGGCUGGAGAGCAUUGCGACUUCUAGCACGAAGAAGCCCUCAUUUUUUCCAGCCAACCAAUCAGCAGUUCAAGAGCUUGCCCGAGUAUUUGGACAACAUGGUCAUCAAGUUGGCCAAGGAAUUACCACCUCCCUCUGAAGAGAUAAAGACAGCGGAGGAUGAAGAUGAAGAAGAAGAUAAUGACGAUCCAUUGCUAAAGGAAAGCAAUGAAAGUCCUGAUAUGCAGAAUAAGCUUGUAACAGGUGAACAAAUAGAACUACUUGCCAACAGCCUUGGAGAAGAGUGGAAAACACUAGCACCACACUUUGAAAAGGACUCUGACAUUCGUGGAAUUGAAUGUGAUAGUGAGGACGUUAAGAUGCGAGCUAAGUUGCUACUCGUUGCUUGGCAAGAUCGGGAGGGACUGCAGGCUACGGUGGAGAAUUGCGUGUCUGCACUGAUAAGUGCUGGUUUAAAUCAACUUGCAAAUAUCCUGACAAAUGAGAUUGAAAAUAUUAGCUAGUAAAUAACAAAACAACUAAAUAAGUGCUUGCUUUUUUAAGAAAAACUUAAUAUUUCAACUGAGCUAAACACCCAGAAAAAAAUCAGUUUUUUUAGUUCACCAUUUGUUAGCUUGAUUUCUUCCUUCAUGUUGUCACAUCACAUUAUCUGUCACAAAAAGGUUUUACAGUUGACUUGCCACAAUGUUUUUGUCACCAUUGAGAUUCAAAGCAUCUGUUUUUUUGUAUUUUUAUUGUCACCUGAAUAAUAAAUGAAUAUUUUUAGAUUUGUAUUAAAUCUGAUAAACAGACAGAUGUUGCCACUAAUGUGGCUGCAAGUCAUGGAAUGUAAACAGAUCUGACUAGUAAAUCUGUUGAAUGUAAUCUGGAUUCCUUCCAUUAUGAAACAAUAAGCAAAA